AUGUUGGAGAACUCCAAAGAAUAUGAUCCAUUUUAAAUUCCAGCUGACAUUAACAUUUCAAUUAAACAUAAAGUAAAUAUAUACUAUCAUUUAAAUAGAAAGCUACUUAAUGUGGAACACCAAUAGAGAAAUCUGAGUUAUGUCCUUGUUGUGGAAGAGAAGUUGAACAAGAAUAAAAAGAAAUUGGAAUCUCGCCUAUUGAUUUAAAUUAUCUUGGAUAAGGAAUCCCUUUGUUUUUUUUAUUUCUUAAAUAGAUGGUUGUUAUUGUAUUGAUAAUUUUAAUUGUUAUGGGAAUUUAUUCAAUGAUUACUAAUAGUAUAACUGAUAAUUGUUUAGAUGAGAAAAGUGAACUUCUAUCACUCUAUUAAAAUGGAUUUUGUGAUGCAAAUUGUCCACUUCCUUUAAAUUUUGACUUUUUAAAAAUUAAAGCAAUUCUUAAAACAGAUGAUUGUUCAAUUAUUUGCAAUUAAUAUUCAAAUGUAUGUACAACCAUCUCAUCAACUAAAAUAGCUUUAUCUAACAAAUAAUUAGAUAUAAAUUACAAAGAAGUUUAAGCAAUACUUGUUUUAUGUUCUAUUAUAUUAUUUAAAAUUUUAUCAGUUUUAUUUAGAAGACAUUCAAAAUUAACUUAAGAUGAAUGUGAUAGAGGUUUAUUAUCAGCAUCAGAUUUUACAGCAAUGUUAACUAAAUUACCUAAAAAUUAAUAUACUGAAUAAGAACUUAGAGAAAGUCUUACUAAUUAUUGCAAAUAAAUUUCAUAAAUAAUACCUGAAUAAUAAUAAUUUGAAAUAGUUAAAAUAACAAUUGCUUUUGAUAUUUUUGAUUAUAUUAAUAUAAUUAGAACUAAAACUGAAAUGGAGAAAAAAUAUUAAAUUAAUGAAUCAUAUAAAAAAAUCAAUAAUGAAUAUCCAUAAAAUGUAACAGUAGAUACUUAAAAAUAAUUAAAGCAAGAUAUAGAUAAAAAUGAAGAAGAAUUAACAAAAAUAGACAAUGAUAUUCAAAAAAAAUAAUUCACUUAAACAACAUAAGUGGCAUUUGUAACCUUUUAAACUAAAAAACGUAUUGAACAUAAAUAUUAGCUUAGAAUUAGAAACAAUUAUUGAAUAUACUAAAUUAACAUAAUGGGAAUUAGUUUGGACGGCAAUACUGAAGAUUUUUGGGAAAACCCUUGACAAAGGCUUCUAUUUUAAAUAUAACUUAAUUCAAAUAACAAGAGCUCCUGAACCAGAUGAUGUAUUUUGGGAAAAUUGUGGAUAUAAUUUAAAGUACAAAAUAAAGUAAAGAAUAAUAAGUUGGAUUAUUACUUCAGUAUUAUUAAUCUCUUCAUUUUUUAUAUUAUUUGGAUUAGAUUAUGUUUAAAAUAAUUAUCUGAAAGAAUAAAACAUUAAUUAUGUGUUAUUAACAAUAAUAUCUUUAAUUAUUUCAUUUAUAAUUUCAAUAAUAAAUGCAAUGAUAUAUUACAGUAUAACAAUUUUAGCUCAAAAAGAGAAACAUUAUACUAAAACUCAUUAUGAUGUGUCAGUGGCUACAAAAUUAAUUUAUGUUUAAUUUAUAAAUUCUGGAUUGUUGAUAAUGGCAACAAAUAUAUUAGUAUAGGGAUUGGCAAAUAGUAAUGAAAUAGAUAAAGAUAUUGAAUUAUAAAGUUUAGCAUUUAGUAGACCAGGAGGAGUAGCAUAAGAUGCUUUUAUAAUUACAUUAAUAAAUGCAUUAAUAACUCCAUUAAUAUCAUAUUUUGAUAUAUUUUAUUUAAGAAAAUUGAUACAAUAAAAACAAUUAAAAUAAAAUGCAACAAAUAAUAUAACAUAAACAGAAGCUAAUACAAUUUUUGAAGGACCAUAAGUGUUACUAUAUGAUAAUUAUGCUUAUGUAUGUAAAACAGUUUGGAUUACAUUGUUUUUUGCUCCUUUAGUACCUGUUAGUUUAUUAUUUUGUGUUGUAGGUUUAUUUUUUUAUUAUUGGAUUCAGAAAUAUUUACUUUUAAGAAGGAAAUGUAGACCUCCACUUUAAAGUAGUUAUUUGAAUAGUGAAAUGUGUAAUAUAAUUAAUUUUAGUCCUAUAUUAUUGGCUGCAGGAUAAUUAUGGGUAGAUUUUGUAUUUGAAUCAAAUUCAACUACUAAAAUUAUUAAUUUCAUUUCAAUUGGUAUAUCUGGAUUAGAAUUCUUUUUACCAUUUGAAAAGAUAGCUAAAAGAUUUUUAUCUUGGCCAGAUGAUUUAAAUGAAUUAAAUAAAUACUCUGAAAAAUGGCUUGAAUUACCAAUAGAUUAUGAUAGAAUAAAUCCAAUAACUAGACAAUAAGCAACUUAAAAUUAUGUAAAAUUUAAAUAAUCAGUCGAUAAUAAAGGCAAUAAUCAAAAUAUUCAAUAAAAUGAUCAAACAUUAUAAGCUUUAAGAUAAUAUGCAUAAGAAGGAGGAGAAUAUAAAUUCAAAUCACAUUUUGUUCAUAAAUUAAAAGCCAUAGCCAAUUUAUAAAGUAAUAAAUAGACUAACAAUGUAAAUACCAAUUAAAUUGAAAUGAUACCAUAAUCCAAUUAAUAAUAAUAGAAAGAAGAUCAAACCAAAUUGUUAUUAGGGUAACAAUAAUAUAUUUCAUAAAUUGAAAGAAUAUAAUAAUAAAUAUAGCAAACUAAUAAUGUUAAUUUGAAUCAAAAUAAUUACAAUGGAUAUCCAUCUACAUCAUAAAAUUAUUAAUAUGAUUAUAACAAUCAAUAACAAGCUCCUCAUCAUUAAAAUAUGUAAUAACAAUAUUAUCAACCUUAUUAACCUCAAUAAUAAUAUAAUUAGUUUCCAAACUCUUAAUAACCAUACUAUAAUUAAGUUUAAUAAAAUUACAACGUCAACUCUGGUUAAUAACCUUAUCAAUAAUAUCCAAAUAGUUAGUAUCAUUAUUGA